AUGUCGCAUCCGAUCUCGGCAUCGUCACCGCCAUGGCAAGAUAUAACCCAGGCGAGUCCACACUCCACUGGAUCCAAUAUGCUGAGAGGAACGUCGCUCCCUCCGCCACAUCAUCCCUCCACUCGCAGCCAUCUCCCAAUUCAAUACGGACCUUUUUAUAGAGGCAGAAUCGUAACCGGCGGUUUUACUGAAGGACAUAGAAAUUGUGAAACGGCGGAGGCAGGGAUGCAGAAAGACCCGGCGGAAGCAAGGACGGGGAUCUCGGCGGAGAAGUCAGAGGUGGAGAGGAACGAAUUAGGUGAACAAAAAUAUAUUAACCCUAAAUUGAAAACGACGUCGUUUUGGAGGGGACGGAGAAGGGAUGCGAAGCGACGCCGAUUUGCCAUAAGUAGAGGAGAGAGAAAAAGGUGA